UACAGAAAGCAAACAAAUUCUGCCUCAAUUAACUCUGUAUUUUGAAUUCUCGCGUUCUGUGUCUUUCUUAAUUUAUUGAAUCAGGGUAAACCCUAAAGCUCAGCUGUUUCACGGCAAGUAUCCUUCAAUGUUUGGUUUUUCCGGUUCAAGGUUAGCUUUGAGUAAGAGUGUUUCUCUGUUCGUCUCAAAUGCCCAUUUGGGUAUUCUUUCUUUUCACUCAUUCUUCGCAAUCAGAUCCUUCUCGUCUACCAUAUCUUCUAAUUUGAAUGAGCACUCAUUUAUAGUCUCAUAUCUCAUAAAUUCUUGUGGAUUGACCCUAAAAUCUGCUCAAUCUAUCUCUAAGAAUAAGAAGAUACGUUUUGAAACCCCUGAAAGACCAGACUCAGUACUUAGGCUUCUCAGGGAACAUGGAUUCACCGAUUCCCACAUCUCCACAAUUGUUAAGAGUCGGCCCCAGGUGCUUUUAGCGCAUCCAGAAGACACACUCAUGCCCAAGUUUGAGUUUCUGCGUUCUAUAGGGGUUUCAACAUCAGGCCUUUCCACAAUUGUUUCUACGAACCCAUUUGUGUUGACUCGAAGUAUAGAGCAAUAUCUGAUCCCACUUUAUGACUCCCUUAAAGGUAUACUUGUUUCUGAUGAGAAAGUAGUUACGGCCCUGAAACGCAUGAGACGAACAUUUAAGCAGAACAGCUUUUCGAACAAUUUAGCCUUCUUAAGAGGGCUUGGAGUUCCUCAAUCUUCCAUUUCUCACUUGGUCGCCCAAUAUCCGUCAGUCAUGUUCCAAGGAGCGGGCAAGUUUGCUAAAGUGGUUGAGAAGGUAAUGAAACUAGGAUUUGACCCUUCACAAGUAAAAUUUGUUGAGGCAGUCCGUGUUUUCUUUAGGAUGGCGCAUAAAACAUGGGAACAUAAAAUGGAGGUUUUUAGGAGGUGGGGAUUGUCUGAAGAUGAGAUUUGGUUGAUGUUCAGAAAGCAUCCCACAUGUAUGUUAACUUCUGAGAAGAAGGUCAUGCGUACAAUGGAUUUUCUUGUGUGCAAGAUGGGUUGGCAGCCUGAUGCUGUUGCUAGAGUUCCAACUGUGCUUAAUUAUAGUUUGGAGAGGAGGAUUAUGCCUAGAUGUUCAGUUGUAAGAGUAUUGCUUCUGAAGGGUUUGAUUAAGGCGGACAUCCGUGUAUCCUCGGUGUUGAUUCCUUCUGAAAAGCGCUUCUUGGAAUUGUUUGUGAUCAAGUAUCAAGAAACGGUGCCACAAUUGUUGGAUCUCUUUCAGGGAAAAAUGGGUCUUACUGAACUUGGCUUUGGCUUUGAUGAUAAAUCUGCGAUUCUGGGUUAGAAAACAUAAAGUUCCUUGAGAUCUGAGAGCAGUUCUUUGAUCUACUGUGAGAAGAUUUGAAGUUUGAUCAAUAUGGCUGAUCCUGUGGAGGCAACGAGAAGUUAGGGCUCUAUGCAGCACUUGAGAUUCAAUGACUUCGCAUAGUUCAGAUUAUCGUGGGCAAAUUCUGGUAAGCAUUUCUCCUACAGAAACAAUUAUCUUGGAGGAAAGCUAUCAGAUUUGCUUUAGGAUUGAAGGGGAAACUAGGAUUUGUCAAUGGAAAUCUUAGUUCCUGAUAGAUAUUCUACUUUGAGAAAUGGCAAAAGGUAGAUUUUUUUGGUGACAUCUUGCUCUUGGAAACUUAAUUCAUUCUUGAAAGAACUGGUUGAUUCUUCGUAACUACUGCUACGGAAUUGUAGAAAGAAGUAGAAGAAGGAUUUGGUGAGGGUAAUGGACCUUUUUUUUUAAUUAAAUUCAGAGGGAAAUUAACUCUACUACUUUGGGUAACAUGCCAAAAACACAAAACGUAAGAAACUGUGGGGGAAUUAGCAAGUUUGAUGUCUUUGCCUCUGUGUUCUUGUGGAGCUGUGAAAGCUAGGUGCAAGAUAACUGAUUCAGAUAGACUUUCACAGUUUCUCAUGGAGUUUAGUGAUAGCUAUGAUCAUGCUAAGAAUCAGAUCUAGCUGAUGGAUCCUUUGCCAAGCACUAACAAGGCAUAUUCAAUGGUAGUGAGGGUGGAAAAAUAGAGAGAGAUAUACUCUAUUGUUUCUGAUCUCCAUGAUAAUGCUGCUAGGAUGGACAAACCACAGUUCAAUAGAAACAAAGAAGCGAUCAGUUAUAAUAGUUUCAAAGGAAACUCUGGCAAUAACAAGAAGAAGGACAAUAUGAAGAAGGGGAACAGACAUUGUGAAUACUGUAAUGC